AUGGGAACAGUGCCUCAGCAGCCUCGGCACACACUGCUGGAGCAUAAAGCCAAGCUGACAGACGCACAGCCGCUCACCAGACGGACCGUACGAGCUGCCGUGGAAGAGGCGGAGGAGGAAGAAAAGGAAGAAGAAGAUCGAAGAGUAAAAACUUCCCAAGGAAAAAAAUUAUUUUUCCAAGGCAGCCAGAAGAUGUCCGUGGCAGUGAAGAAAGGAAUAAGUGCUAAGGCCGAGACCAGAAAAUGCGCAGCGCGUUUCUGGAGGCUCUUUCCUCACCUUUUGCUGUGUCUGUCUCUGGUGGCAUACGCAGCGCUGGGUGCACUCAUGUUCCAGCAGAUUGAAGGAAGGAGCAAGUCCACUACCGAACAGGAGUACCAUACCUUCCUGGGUCAGGUAGUCAGCACGGUCCAGAACCUCACCGCUAAUGCCUCCUAUACACAUCAAGACAUAAUAAAGAAAGUGGAGUUUAAGAUGCUACAUGGUUUCAAAUCCAUAUGGCUUCAGAGACCUGACAGAUGGAAUUUCUUUGGCUCCAUGUUCUUCUGUUGCACUGUAUUCACAACAGUUGGGUAUGGGGAGAUCUUUCCAGUUACCCUGCCUGGUAAGGUGCUGUGUGUCUUGUAUGCCAUGGUGGGAAUCCCUCUCAUGCUUUUGGUCAUCCUUGAUGUGGGAGACUUCCUCGCUAUGCUGAUGUCCAGAGCCUAUGUUCACAUUCACACCCUCUGCAAAAUCAUCCGCUCCCACACCUGGUCACCAUGGAAGGCUCGGACGAGGGCAGAUGACUUGAGCCACCAGGCACUGGAGGAAGGUACCUUUGUUUUCAGCCAUGACAUCGUAGUCCGUGAACCCCUUGACAUCCGGCAAGUGUUGCACAGCCAGGCGGAUGUACGGCACAAGUCCAUCCAGCUCCAAAACAACAAAGAGAUCUUUGAGAAGAUUCUUGCCAGGGAGAAUUUACUUAGAAAGGGCCCACUUCUCAGGACUCUCUCCUGCCCCGAGUUAGACCGGCUGCCACCACCACCCAAAGGCUAUGCCAUAUGGGACUUUACAGGGUUAGGGGAUGGAAUGGAAAUGCUGGAUGUACCCUUUGUACUGAUUCUUUUCAUUGUAUUUGCUUACAUUCUGUUUGGUGGUUUGAUUCUGCCAUUGUGGGAAACUGAAUUCAAGGGCUUUGACCCCUACUACUUCUGCUUCAUCACUCUCACUACCAUCGGUUUUGGUGACAUUGUACCGAAUCAUCCUAAGUACUUCAUGCUUACUUCACUUUUCAUCAUUGUCGGCAUGGCCAUCAUGUCCAUGGCCUUCAAGCUGGGCCAAACACGAAUUGUAAGCUGCUACCGUCGAUGCAUCAAGUUCAUCAGCAGGGGAAAUGUGUUUGAGACUUUCAAAAAUGAAGAGAACGACUAA